CUGAGCAUGAUGCCUUACCCGUUCUUCAUUGUAUUGCAGCUGCUGCUAUCUUCUGCUUUUUGCGGCACACACGUGCCGUUACCUAUCAACACAUGGUCGCCGGCUUUCUAUGAUGUCCCCGGCGAGGGCACUGUCUCCGCGCCAGGAGACGGCAGCUCGUCACGUGGAUUCACUGUCUACCGAGACGGCACGCUACUACAGGCCCCCUACUUCCGCUCCGCAUCUACGUCAUCACAGCAGUAUGAAUUUAAACCGUGUCUGCACAUCUUCAGCUUCAGUGGGAACCGCAGCAGCAGUCUGAGCAUGAUGCCUUACCCGUUCUUCAUUGUAUUGCAGAUGAGAUCGACUAGGCGCUCUAGGCGCGGCCCGGCUGGCCCCCCUCACCAGCGGACCGGAUCUUCCGGUGGCAGCUCGCGCCACUAUGCAACUUCGGCGAACGCGCAUCCCAGAGAUGACUUCCCUCCUAGGCCUCGUCACCGUUCUGUUGCAACGUGGACCAUUGUACAUUCCGGACAACCAGUCCCAUGGGCCUCGCGCUCAAGAUGGGCGUCGCAACCCCGGCCUCUGCGUGGCGCCGACCCGUCUUCCGUACCGCAACCAUUUCGAGGUGUAACCAUUGAGGAUCGUCACCCAGCGGAUCCUUUGCUGCCCUAUACAGAGGAAGAAAGACAAGCCUUGUGUCCCAGCUGCGGCGUUCCCAUCAUCCAUCGGGCCACCCAUCUGAGAGGACCCCUCCACCGCGUCCGAAUGGAACUAACCCAGACCAUGAGAGCUCGAGCCACACGGGUCACGGAGUCCGACCUGAGCGCCGCCAUUUCCAUGAUCCAACGUCAUCGGCCGGAGCUCCUGUUGCCCACCGAACCGCGACCUCAGCAACCACGAGCACUGGACACCGACUUGAUCGAUCUUCUCGAGGAAGACAUGCCAGAGAACUGAGUGUGUGCUUCGACUGCUUCAGGAACGGCCUACUUUCGUGCCCGUGGACGCGGCAUGUUUUUCGUUUUUUGUGAGUCCAAUUUGGAGAAGGGGGGAUGUGGGAAACAGAACUUUCCCUGCGAAUUUGUUGUCUCGUCACGCUCUCGGGAACUAUCAUGUGCGGGUUAUCUGCUUUUCGUUAUUCCCGUCACCACGCCGGUGAUAUGUUAUCGUUAUCUGUGAUUGCACGUGCCGCUCUUCGA